AUGGCAGUGUUUUGAUUUAUUUACGUUUAUCGCUGUGAGUUGAAAUUCCAGUCUGUCAAUAGAAUAAUCAUCGGUUGGAAUUAUGCAAUCUACCAUAAAACUACUAGGUCAAACUGCAGUGAGAAAACUAACUACUACAACAGCUAAUAUGGCCACAUCUUCCUUCUCCAAUAAGUACAAAUUUGAGACAUUAUUGGUGUCCACUCCCAGAGAAUAUGUAUAUCAUGUGGAACUUAACAGACCCCAGCAAUUUAACACAAUGAACAGUGCCUUCUGGAGGGAAAUGGUGGAGUGCUUCCAAGCCAUCAGUGAAGACAGUGACUGUAGGGUUGUAGUCUUGUCUGCCAAUGGUAAACACUUCACAGCAGGUCUUGAUUUGACUGACAUGGGUCCAUUGAUGGAAACAGUUUUGGGUGAUGGUGAUGUUGCGAGGAAGUUCCGAACUCUUCAGCAGUUCAUUAAAAGCUAUCAGUUGUCUUUCACAUCAGUCGAGCAGUGCAACAAGCCUGUAAUUGCUGCUGUGCAUGGAGGUUGCAUUGGUGGAGGUGUAGACUUGAUCACUGCUGCUGAUAUUCGUUUUUGUACCCAAGAUGCUUUCUUCCAAAUUAAGGAAGUAGAUAUUGGGCUUGCGGCUGAUGUGGGAACUCUGCAACGCUUACCGAAAGUGAUUGGUUCAGAUAGCCUGGUCCGUGAAUUAGCUUAUACGGCGCGCAAAAUGUUCGCUGAUGAAGCAGCUCAGGCUGGCCUAGUGAGCCGAGUGCUGUCCGAUAAAGAAAUUAUGCUAAAAGUAGCUUUGGAGAUAGCCAGUGCUAUUGCGGAUAAAUCACCGGUAGCUGUUCAAGGAAGCAAACAUAACCUAAAUUACGCACGGGAUCAUUCAAUCGAAGAAGGACUAAAUUAUAUGGUGAUAUGGAAUGCUGCUAUGUUGCAAUCAGAAGAUUUACGUGUUGCCGCCAUGGCUUCUAUGGAUCGUAAAGGUCCCCCUCCAUCUUUUUCAAAGCUUUAAAGGGCUGCUAUAAAAUGAACUGCAUCUCCUGGUGAUUGAAAUUCUAGAAUGAUGAAAAUAACAUAGAGUUCGAAAUGCCUAA